UUGCACUUCGGUCUCUGAAAUGAGACACAUAGACAUACUGAAAUCUUAGAAAAAGUAGGAAAGCAGAUAUAAGUGUAGAAAGUGCAACUGAAACGAUUGAUUCUCUUAUCGCAAAGAGCGGCAAACUUCAUGGUAUUUAUCGGAUGACACAUGUCUCAAAGGUUAUAUCUUGUUGUGACUGGCAAACUAAAUGAUAUUACUGUGUAAUUGAGAAAAGUAAUAAUACAUCUCUUCAACUUUAACGAAUCGGAAAAUAAUUACACACAUGGAUAAUAAUUAAUAAAUACAAUUAAUACAGUUAAACGUACUCCUGAAACAUUCAUUCUAUCAUUAUUUGAUUGAAACUUGUGUUAUUAUGAAGCGAGAAGAAGAAACUUUAAUGGGAUGGAAUAUUAUAUGGCGGUUGUUUAAAUUAUUCGGUUUCCCAAUCACCAUUCCCUGGCUGAUAUAUCAUUUCUAUGAUAUUAUGCGACAAAAGCGGAUGAAAGCGGCUCUUGGUAACAAGGUUGUGAUGAUAACUGGCGCUAGUUCUGGCUUAGGAGAAGCUUUGGCUCAUACAUUCUAUAGCUUUGGUUGCAGAAUCAUCUUGGUAUCUCGCAGAAAAGAAGAGUUGGAGAGAGUAAAAAAUGAUUUGAUGAAUACUCAUCAAACAGUUCCAACUUAUCCACCUAUUGUUUUACAACUAGAUUUAACUGAUAUUAAUAACUUGAAAGAUGAAGUGUCAAAAGCUAUAAUGGUACAUGGCAGAAUUGAUAUUCUAAUUAAUAAUGCUGGCAUUUCAUAUAGAGGAGAAGUUAUUAAUACAAAUGUCGAUAUAGAUAUAAAAGUCAUGUUAACGAAUUAUUUUUCUCAGAUUGCAUUAACCAAAAUUGUUCUUCCAUACAUGAUAAAGCAACAGUCUGGUCAUAUAGUAGCCAUAAGUAGUGUGCAAGGGAGAAUUGCUAUUCCAUUUAGAUCUGCAUAUGCUGCAUCCAAGCAUGCAUUACAAGCUUGGUAUGAUACUGCAAGAGCAGAGCUAUCCAAUGAAAAUAUAAAAUUUACAGUUGUCAAUCCAGGGUAUAUCAAAACAUCCCUUUCUCUUAAUGCCUUGACAGGAAGUGGACAAGUUUAUGGAAUAAUGGAUAAAAAUACUGAAAGUGGUUUUCAACCAAAGUAUGUAGCUGAACGCAUUUUAAAAUCUGUAUUGAAGCAAGAGAAGGAAGUAACAAUCGCACCAUUUUCUCCAAAGUGUGCCAUAGUACUUAGAACUUUAUUUCCUUCGCUUUAUUUCUGGAUUAUGCAAAAGCGUGCGAGAAACUUAUCACGGGACAAAUAAUAUUAUUUUGGCUAAGCAUCAUAUUUUUACAGAUGAAGUGAUUGCUUUAUAGUGUGGGCUCAUGUAUAUAUUUGUUAUGUAAAAUAAAAAAAUAUCUUGGAAUGUAAAUACAUAAUUUAACAGGAUGCGGAUCGAAUGUAUAUAAUUUUAUAGCUAUGUUUUAACAUUUGUACUUAGCAAGGGUUAGCAGUUAAAUAAAAUACACUAUUCAAAAGUA